CUAAACUGGAGAAGUAGAACGAGACGGUUGAGUGAGCAGACUUUUAAAAAAGCAUCAUGUCACCCAGAGGCAGAAGAGAAAAAGAAGACGCUGAUGUUUACUGGAACAUCUCAAUGGAUGUGAAACUGGAGAGCUGUGAUGUGGACACAAAUAUCAUGGAUAUUAAGGAGGAGGACUGUGAGUUGGAGUCCAUCUACCUUAAACAGGAAAGUCUGAGCAUUAAGGAGGUGAGCAGUGAACUACAGACAGUGGGAAUUAAAGAUGAAGCUGAAGAGAAGUCUGUCAGCAUUGAGACAAUUAACCAUACAAAUCUGGACAGUGUAAAAGAAGACAACCUUCAUGAUGGGUGUCAAGAUGGAGUGGUAACCUGGUUAGACUCUUCUCAAAGCAGACACUGUUCAUCUCCAGAGCCUUCUGUCAAUGUGAAGACUGAAUCAUUACAGUCUAAACCAAAGAGGAGUAAGAAAAGUACAUCUGUUAGAGCUCAAGAAAAUCGGCCACCAUCUACAAAGCAGUCUGGAAAAAGAAACAAAGAUCAGUGCAGUUUGGAAUCUGGAAAAGAAUUCUCUGGCAGGAGUGCUCUUCAGAUCCACACUGGACUUCACACGGGAGAGAAGCCGUAUUGCUGUAAUGACUGUGGUAAACAAUUUUCACAAAUGAGCAAUCUGAAGAGCCACACUAGAAUUCACACGGGAGAGAAGCCGUAUUGCUGUAAUGAAUGUGGUAAACAGUUUUCACAUAAAAUCAAUCUGAAGAGCCACACUCGAAUUCACACUGGAGAGAAGCUGUAUUGCUGUAAUGACUGUGGUAAACAAUUUUCACAAAUGAGCAGUCUGAAGAGCCACACUCGAAUUCACACUGGAGAGAAGCCGUAUUGCUGUAAUGAAUGUGGUAAACAGUUUUCACAUAAAAUCAAUCUGAAGAGCCACACUCGAAUUCACACUGGAGAGAAGCUGUAUUGCUGUAAUGACUGUGGUAAACUAUUUUCACAAAUGAGCAGUCUGAAGAGCCACACUCGAAUUCACACCGGAGAGAAGCCGUAUUGCUGUAAUGAAUGUGGUAAACAGUUUUCACGUAUAAGCAGUCUGAAGGAUCACACUAGAGUUCACACGAGAGAGAAGCCGUAUUGCUGUAAUGAAUGUGGUAAACAGUUUUCACAAAUGAGCCAUCUUCAGAUACACACGAGAGUUCACACUGGAGAGAAGCCGUAUUGCUGUAAUGAAUGUGGUAAACAAUUUUCAUGUAUAAGCAAUCUUCAGAGACACACUAGAGUUCACAACAGAAUAUAAAGGGUAGCAGUUCAAAAAUCAGUCCAGAAAAACAAGCACCCUUCAGAACUCGAGAGUGAGGUUCACUCCUGUCUUGAAAAGUAAGCAUUGUUGACAAAUUAAUCUCUGAGAGAAGCCAUAUUGCUGUUUGGAAUGUGGCAAACAUAUCUGUCAGAGGGGUUCUCUUCAGAGACGCACCAGAAUUCACACUGGAGAGAAGUACAACUGAACUGUCCUGACUAAAGAGUGAGGUUCACUACUGCCUGGACAGUAAGCACAUGUAACUGACUGGAAUCCAUCCUACUUAGUGUUGUGUCAAAAACAAAUCAACAUGGAGGAGAAAUAGAAGUUUAUAUCCUUUUUCCUUUUCCAGAAACAAAAUAAAGAACAGGGCGUCAUACAAACCGCUUCUCACCAAAGCCCCUACAGCCUCCACCAUGCGCCUAGCUCUGUUUUCAUAACAUACGUAUUACAUAUAGAACUAUUUACAAUAUAUUACACACAUUUCAUAAGAAAA